AUGAGGCAGACCCUGCCUUCAAUAACAAUCCCAGCACCGCUGCCACCUAUGCCAGGCCGACAACAGCAUCAGGUACAGCAUCUGAUACCAUCUUCUGUUGAGUCGGUGAAGGUAAACAAGGAACCAAAGCCGAGGAAUUGGGUUUCGGUCACUGCAGACAGCUCUGAUGUUCGUCUAGUCGAUAUAUCUGAAAUUACUUCAGGCGAGACUUUACGUAUCACGAUAUGUCAAAAUCUCGGAAUCUCAGACUGGACUAGAGCCCGCUUUUUUCUCACUGAGCCAGGUCAGCCCGAUCAUGACGAGCCCAUAGGUGAUGAAAUUUUGAAAGCAAUUUGUUCGAGGACGUCAAACUCCGAGGCUCCCUUGAAGCUCUUUGUGAACACCCUUCCUCGGACUGCUGGUCUGGGAGUAUCGUUCCCUGAGAAACUCGCAACAUCUCCAACGGUGUCACACCAUGAUUUGUUCGGAAAACCGCUGGAUGAAGAUGCCUUGAGGCAGGAUGAGAGAAAGGUCCAUCGCAAGACUAGCUAUAAGCGCACAGAAGAUCUCAACUUUGACUCAUGUCAAGACGCAUCGUCGCCAUCGGUGCCAGCCCCUUCCAAGCAGUCUACCACCCGAAACGAUAUUAUCUCAGAGCCUGAUCAGUCACCUCUGCUCUAUUCUCCUGUUGCCUUUUCUCCUAUAUCGCCGUCCUACUCUCCUGUAUCGCCGUCCUAUUCUCCUACAUCGCCCUCUUACUCUCCUGCGUCGCCGUCCUAUUCUCCUACAGCGCCUUCCUACUCUCCUGCAUCGCCGUCCUACUCCCCUACAGUGCCUUCCUAUUCUCCUGCAGCGCCUUCAUACUGUCCCACAUUGCCCUCAAACAAGACACCUGAGGCCGCAUACUCUGCCAAAUCGCCGGGCUUGGGAUUUGAGUUGGAAAAUGGUGAAACAGCAUCUCAAAAGUCCCCACAAGCACCAUGGGAGUCUGACAAGCUUUCCAACGAUGGGAACUUUCUAGAGUCUCCCGAAAACCGGACUGAACAGGCAGGUUCCGGUGGAGUUAGGUCAAAGAAGCCCUCGCAUGUCGGGUACGUGGGAGAUAGAGACCAUGAGAAGGUUCCUGUGGGAUCCCAAAUCCCCAACACUGCUAAAGGGGGGUCUUUCGUGCCAUCGGAUCACAAUUUCGGACAAGUGUUGGGUGGGAAAGCAGUGUCAUUUAGUCCUGUUCGUGAAAAGUAUACAUCAGAGUAUGAAGGCUCUGACGGUUCGGAUCACGGAAUCCAUUAUCUUAGAAUCCAACGCAGGGACGAAGCAGGAGAAGGCUCUCGUUCGGAUUCUUCCCCGGUAGUGAAUACCUCACCCGCGCUACCAGAGAGCUUCGAGGAUUUACUCUUGCGAUGGACCAAGCUUGAACGAAAUGAGGUUCAGGCCAUCUGA